UGGCGUCCUCCUUGACGCGCUGAUGAGAGGAGUUUCACUGUUGCUCCAAAGCAGAGGGCAAAACUCCCCUGACCUAAUAAACCCAGUUUUUCCGUGUGGACCGCAGGCCCGUGUCGCGCGUGUCUCGGGACUCAUUCCCGGGCGGGAGAGAACCACGAAGCCGAGGACCAGGACCGGCCAGGCCGCGCGGACCCGGGGCUGAGGAGCCGGCUGCGGACGGGCAUGAUGGGCCGGUCCUGGCUCAGGUUGCAGCCCCUCAGGCGAGUGCGGGAUCCGCAGGGCUGAGAGCCGGUGGACGAGCCCCGAAGUCGCCCAGACUCGACUCCCUGAGGCCUCCCUCAGCCGGGCCAGCGCAGUCGGAGAACCCGCGCCGCAAGCGCCCAGUGGCCGCGUUGGAGGCCGAGAGCAGGGUCACCCCAGGCCUGAAGUCGCUCCCGCCGUGACAGUCCGGCUCCGAGCCCUUCCGGAAACUCACGGCCUCCGGAGCUGCGGCUGGCUUAGGACUGGGGCGCGCGUGUGACCGCGCAGCUCUCGGGCUGCGGGGUGGGUGACCACCGGCUCUGCACCCCCACCCCGCCCCCUGCGACUUCCCGCUCAGAGUUGGGGAUAAAGAUCCCCGAGUGUUAUUUUGCCUGGAUAGGAUCUUCGAACACUCUCCCACCAUUUCCUUCCCCAACUCCUCGUUUCCCUGUAUUUUAUUUCACCAGUUCUGGUACACACUAGUUUUUAAGGCUGGAGGUUCUUGAGCGCUUGCUGCCAAGGACUCCCCCUCCCCCUCCCCCCCUGAUGGAGUCGGAGAUGCUGCAAUCGCCUCUUAUGGGACUCGGGGAGGAAGAUGAGGCCGACCUUACAGAUUGGAACCUGCCUUUGGCUUUUAUGAAAAAAAGACAUUGUGAGAAAAUUGAAGGCUCCAAAUCUUUAGCGCAGAGCUGGAGGAUGAAGGAUCGGAUGAAGACGGUCAGUGUGGCCUUGGUCCUGUGCCUGAAUGUGGGCGUGGAUCCUCCAGACGUGGUGAAGACCACGCCUUGUGCACGGCUGGAGUGCUGGAUUGAUCCUCUGUCUAUGGGUCCUCAGAAAGCUCUGGAAACCAUCGGUGCAAAUCUGCAGAAACAGUAUGAGAACUGGCAACCAAGGGCUCGGUACAAGCAGAGCCUCGAUCCCACUGUCGAUGAAGUAAAGAAGCUUUGUACAUCCCUGCGCCGGAAUGCCAAGGAGGAGCGGGUCCUCUUUCACUAUAAUGGCCACGGGGUGCCCAGGCCCACGGUGAACGGAGAAGUCUGGGUCUUCAACAAGAACUACACGCAGUACAUCCCUCUGUCCAUAUAUGACCUGCAGACAUGGAUGGGUAGCCCAUCCAUCUUUGUCUACGACUGCUCCAAUGCUGGCCUCAUCGUGAAGUCCUUCAAGCAGUUUGCACUGCAGCGGGAGCAAGAGCUGGAGGUAGCUGCAAUUAACCCAAACCAUCCACUUGCCCAGAUGCCCUUGCCUCCGUCAAUGAAAAACUGCAUCCAGCUGGCAGCCUGUGAGGCACAUGAACUCCUGCCCAUGAUCCCUGACCUCCCAGCUGACCUGUUCACAUCCUGCCUCACCACUCCAAUCAAGAUUGCUCUGCGCUGGUUUUGCAUGCAGAAGUGUGUUAGUCUGGUGCCUGGAGUCACACUGGAUUUGAUAGAAAAGAUUCCUGGCCGGCUGAAUGACCGGAGAACCCCUCUGGGUGAGCUGAACUGGAUCUUCACAGCCAUCACAGACACCAUCGCCUGGAAUGUGCUCCCUCGGGAUCUCUUCCAAAAGCUCUUCCGACAGGACCUGCUGGUGGCAAGUUUGUUUAGAAAUUUUUUAUUGGCAGAAAGAAUCAUGAGGUCGUAUAACUGCACUCCAGUGAGCAGCCCACGACUCCCACCAACAUACAUGCAUGCCAUGUGGCAGGCCUGGGAUCUUGCCGUGGACAUUUGCCUGUCUCAGCUGCCAACCAUCAUCGAGGAGGGCACUGCCUUCAGGCACAGCCCGUUCUUUGCUGAGCAGUUGACAGCAUUCCAGGUGUGGCUCACAAUGGGCGUGGAAAACAGAAGCCCCCCAGAGCAGCUGCCCAUUGUCCUACAGGUGCUGCUGAGCCAGGUGCACCGGCUGAGGGCCUUGGACUUGUUGGGACGCUUUUUGGACUUGGGUCCCUGGGCAGUGAGCUUGGCCCUGUCGGUGGGCAUCUUCCCCUAUGUGCUGAAGCUGCUCCAGAGUUCAGCCCGAGAGCUGCGGCCGCUCCUGGUCUUCAUCUGGGCCAAAAUCCUCGCUGUGGACAGUUCAUGCCAGGCCGACCUCGUGAAGGACAACGGUCACAAGUACUUCCUUUCCGUCUUGGCAGACCCAUACAUGCCAGCCGAACAUAGGACCAUGACGGCCUUCAUUCUUGCUGUAAUCGUCAACAGCUACACAACAGGGCAAGAAGCCUGCCUGCAGGGGAACCUGAUCGCCAUCUGCCUGGAGCAACUCAGUGACCCACACCCCUUACUGCGCCAGUGGGUGGCCAUUUGCCUGGGAAGGAUCUGGCAGAAUUUCGACUCUGCGAGAUGGUGUGGGGUGAGAGACAGCGCUCACGAGAAGCUCUACAGCCUCCUCUCCGACCCCAUCCCUGAGGUCCGGUGUGCGGCUGUGUUUGCCCUUGGCACCUUUGUGGGGAACUCCGCUGAGAGAACCGACCACUCUACCACCAUCGACCACAACGUGGCCAUGGUGCUGGCCCAGCUGAUCAGUGACGGGAGCCCCAUGGUCCGGAAGGAGCUGGUGGUGGCUCUGAGUCACCUUGUAGUUCAAUAUGAGAGCAAUUUCUGCACUGUGGCCCUGCAGUUCAUGGAAGAGGAAAAGAACUACCCCUUGCCUUCUCCCGCAGCCACAGAGGGGGGGAGUUUGACCCCAGUUCGAGACAGCCCGUGCACCCCCAGACUCCGUUCAGUGAGCUCAUAUGGAAAUAUCCGAGCCGUCACCACAGCUAGGAACCUGAACAAGUCCUUGCAGAAUCUGAGCUUGACGGAAGAGUCGGGCAGCUCAGUGGCCUUCUCCCCUGGGAACCUCAGCACCAGCAGUAGCGCCAGCAGCACCUUGGGAAGCCCUGAGAACGAUGAGUACAUCCUGUCCUUUGAGACCAUCGACAAGAUGCGGCGUGUGAGCUCCUACUCGGCGCUCAACUCCCUCAUAGGAGUUUCUUUUAAUAGUGUUUACACUCAAAUCUGGAGAGUCUUACUACAUCUAGCUGCUGAUCCCUAUCCAGAUGUUUCCGAUUUGGCCAUGAAAGUCCUCAACAGCAUUGCUUACAAGGCCACCGUGAAUGCCCGGCCCCAGCGAAUCCUGGACACAUCCUCUCUCACCCAGUCGGCCCCAGCCAGCCCAACUAACAAGGGCAUGCACAUCCACCAAGUGGGGGGCUCCCCGCCAGCAUCUAGCACCAGCAGCUGCAGCCUGACCAAUGACGUGCCCAAGCAGACUGUCAGCCGUGACCUCCCCUCCAGCCGCCCUGGUACUGCAGGCCCCACAGGGGCACAGUACACCCCUCACUCCCACCAGUUUCCUCGAACACGGAAGAUGUUCGACAAAGGCCCUGAUCAGACCACAGAUGAUGCAGACGAUGCAGCCGGACACAAAAGCUUCAUGUGUGCCACCAUACAGACGGGGUUCUGCGACUGGAGUGCCCGAUACUUCGCCCAGCCAGUCAUGAAGAUCCCUGAAGAGCAUGACCUAGAGAGUCAGAUCCGCAAGGAGCGUGAGUGGCGGUUCCUGAGGAACACUAGAGUCAGAAAGCAGGCCCAGCAGGUCAUCCAGAAGGGCAUCAGCAGACUGGAUGAUCAGAUCUUUCUGAACAGGAACCCUGGCGUCCCCUCUGUGGUCAAAUUCCACCCCUUCACACCAUGCAUAGCUGUCGCCGACAAGGACAGCAUCUGCUUUUGGGACUGGGAGAAAGGAGAGAAGCUGGACUACUUCCACAAUGGCAACCCUCGGUACACCAGGGUCACCGCCAUGGAGUACCUGAAUGGCCAGGACUGCUCCUUGCUGCUGACAGCCACAGACGAUGGUGCCAUCAGAGUCUGGAAAAAUUUUGCUGAUUUGGAAAAGAAUCCAGAGAUGGUUACUGCUUGGCAGGGGCUCUCAGACAUGCUGCCAACAACACGAGGAGCUGGCAUGGUGGUAGACUGGGAGCAAGAGACUGGCCUGCUCAUGAGCUCAGGAGACGUACGCAUUGUCCGAAUCUGGGACACUGACCGUGAGACGAAAGUGCAGGACAUUCCCACGGGUGCCGACAGCUGUGUGACAAGUCUGUCCUGUGACUCCCACCGCUCGCUCAUUGUGGCUGGCCUGGGCGAUGGCUCCAUCCGGGUCUACGACAGGAGGAUGGCACUCAGUGAAUGCCGAGUCAUGACUUACCGGGAGCACACAGCCUGGGUGGUCAAGGCCUACCUGCAGAAGCACCCUGAGGGCCACAUCGUGAGUGUGAGUGUCAAUGGAGAUGUGCGCUUCUUUGACCCUCGGAUGCCCGAGUCCGUGAAUGUGAUGCAGAUCGUGAAGGGACUGACAGCCCUCGACAUCCAUCCCCAAGCAAACCUGAUCGCCUGUGGCUCCAUGAACCAGUUCACAGCCAUCUACAAUGGAAACGGGGAGCUGAUCAACAACAUCAAGUACUAUGAUGGGUUCAUGGGUCAGCGAGUCGGGGCCAUCAGCUGCUUGGCUUUCCACCCACACUGGCCUCACCUGGCAGUAGGAAGCAAUGACUUCUACAUCUCUGUGUAUUCGGUGGAGAAGCGCGUCAGAUAGCGGCACCGGGACUCCCGCCAGGCUGCAGCCACCCUCUGCUGUACAUAGUGAACCAAACCGCACUGCUUGGGUUGCAGUGCCCACCCACCUACCCGCCCUGCAAACCCUGGCCGACUGAGGAGGGGGCUCGCACUUCUUCCUGUCUGUCCUCACUGUAAUGUACAAGUCCAGAGCAGGGGAGGGUUUGACACUGCUUCCUGUCAAGAACCAGCACCCAGGCCCCAAGGACCUCAGGAUGCGUCUCCGUGCAUCGUGGUCCUUCUGUCCUGCUUCCUUCUGAGGUUUUACAAAGGAUACAUUGGUUUUUCCAUGCGGUCAAAGCAUUAGUUGCAGGACAGGUGGAGCCCUGUAGAAAAGCUGCACUGGGGCUCCUGAGAGCCAUGCCCAGCCCCACUGUCCUCUCAACAGUGUGGACAGGAGCCCUCAGAGUAGGCUGGGCAAUGCUGGGAAAUGGAAGAAAGUGACUGAGGGGGGAGAGGGGAGGCCUCUCCUGCUACCCAGUGUGGAAGUCUGAACCUGGCCCAACACAGCCACCUCAUCACGGGGUACAUUAUGCUGGUGUGAGAAAGGGGCCCCCUUCCUGCACAGCUAGUCUCCGAGGUCACAGGCAAGGGCUGUUGUGACUCUGCACAGACGAGGCAGAUGUGUAGAAGUAGCUGUUGCCUGCACCUGACGUGCUUCUCUCCCGUAGGGCAGUAGCCGUGGCCACAGCCACACAAGGCACACACGCAUGCAGCUGCACAACCUCCCCAUCCAUGCCCAAGCACAUGUGGGUGCCCUGGUCUUCCUGUCUGUGCACACUUAGGGUGCACACACAUGCAGGCUCACAGUCUCCCCUCCUGCACAGUUGUGGGCACUGUGGCCUCCUGCAGGUGUCGUCAUACUGACCUCACGCUCGUCACACACAGUUCAGAGGCUGCACUGGACCCCAGAGGCGUGUGAGCAGCAACAGCCCUGUCGAUGGUGUGGCUAAGGUUGCGUGGUGCAAUCUGUGAUGUGGAAGAGCUUCUCAGCAGUGUCCUGGUGUCAGCAUGUGUCUUUGUGCACACACAAGUGAGGGCCAUGGACAUUGCUGCCCUGGGUGGAGCACAGCACUGCUGAGGAGCUGCACACAAACGGGCACUGCACAGUAAUGAUGUUUUAAAAAGCAUUUUCCGUUUUCCCUGGGAAUCAGGAUCUUUCAGAGGAGGACAAAGUGGCGUAAUCAGUUCUGCUAAUAGGAGUCCAAUGUCCAGGCUGGAACAGUCAGGGCAGAGGCUGGGUCCCUGCGCUGUGCUCUGUUUUAGUUGAGAGCAUCGUCCAUGUGAAAGGAUCUCUGCAGGCAGUGCUGGGCUGACCACAGGGCCAGGCAGGGCCGGACAACAGGACAGAGGGGCUCCGGAGGAAGACAGCAGCCUGGAGUCAGUCGGGAAGGCCUUAGAACCACCCGACACAACCAGGAGCCCGCCUGCCCAGUUCUGGAGAGCGCUCCAGUGGGGGACACGCCGGGACCUUCCAGCAGCUAAACUCCAAAUGUGGUCCAGCUCAGUCCCUGUCUAACUGGGGGUUCUGUCUUGGCAGCACGGGGCCUCCCUUCCCUGGUGGAGCUGCAGAGCUUGUAUCUUGCCCAGGGGCUGGGCCUUCGCUGGUCUGAUGGGAAAACUCAAUCAUGAAGCUAACCAAGGCUGGAGAGAGCACUGGCCUAGAGUUCAUUGUCUCUACUCAUUUCUCCAAAAGGAGAGCUGAAAGGACUGACCAGACAUGGAGCUGCAGUGAAGCUCAAAGCAGUGACAAGCAGCAAAGUGUUAAUAAAGAAUAAAGCCGUGAGAAGAGACUGUGCCCCUGAGAGCCGAGAGUGGGAGGGGCUGGGCCCCAAAGAGUGUGCAGUCACAGCUUUGCAUUCCCCAGUCCCCUGGGGUGGGGUGGGAGUCUUGCCCAAGACGGCUGUAAGUGCAUGCCCCAGGACAGGGCCACUGCACUAGCCCUCCCGAGCCUGGGUAGAACGGAAGAGGUGGUGGUUGCCAUGGAUACCUUGCGGCAUCGUGACUGGGGUUUCUCUGCUAGCUCAGGCUUGUCAUUAAUAAGGUUGCCUGCAUUUACACAGACCAGCUCCACAUGUUCGUUCGUGUCCAUUUUUCUGUUAACAUUGCUGCCUCUCUGGGCAAGACCUCGUAGUGCAGAGGGUGGGUAGGUGAGCCGUGUACAGCCGGUCCUGGGGAAGAGAGGCCGCCGGCUGUGUGGUCCUGUGAGGGGCCAGCAGCAAACUAGCUAUGGGUCCAAAGGCCCAGCGUUCCUCCAGGCCAGACACCCCAGCCCUCAAGCAAGUGUGAGGGCAUAAUCUGCCCACUGCACGCUCCUGUGUCCCCAUCCUCCAAAGAUGGCCCAUGGAGGCCAGGGGAAUUGACCUUCUGGAUCAUAUUGAUUUGAUUACUGGUCUGGUCAGAACCCAUGUGUUUCCAGAAAGCAGACUGGCACCUCAGGUGUGGAGGGCAAGGAGGAUGACCUCAGAAGGCCAUGGAGGAGGGGGACCGGGCCCAAAGGACUGUGCUGUCUCUCCCAACCCUUAUGUUGAGACUCUGAUCCCUCCCUCACAGCACUUCACAGGCCAUCAGUGACAGCUGUCCCUGUGGGAAGAGAACAGGACCCAGACCCACCGGGACGGCAAUGUGCAGGCACAGGGAGACAUCCUGUCUCAGGAGGAGCAGUUUGGACACACCCAGGCUUGAGACUUUGCCCUCCUAAGACUGCUUACCCAGUGUCAGGCGUUGUCAGUAUUGACGGCCAUAGUGGCCUGGUAUGCUAAUGUUGCUAGCACUUCCAAUCAGCAUCCUGCCCUUGGUGCUCGCUCUGGCCUUCCAUCCACCCAUGUCCCUUAGAAGUCGGGCAGUAAUUGCUGGUGGUAUGGUACCCGGGAAGUGUCUGUGGAUUUUGUGUGGAAGAGCCUUUAACAUGAUGCAGCCAACAGCAUCCUGUGGUCCUGGCGCCAGCCAGAGCUGGGUCUGUGCUUCCUUGGCUAGGAGAAAGAACCUCUGUCCACAGCUGGCCUGCCAUGGCCUCCCUGUCCAGUGACCCUCAGACACCACUGCUCUGCGACC